AUGGAUUCUGACGAAGAAAAUAGAGUACUUUUCUGUCAAGAAUUUAAGCCUCGUGAUCAUGAAUUUGAUGAUCCGGUGACUCAGGACGCGAAGGAGAACCAAGGGUUCGAUCAGGAAUCUUCCGAAGAGGUAGAGAAGAUGACGGUGAUGAUCAGCGAAAAGCCUUUUUCGUCUUACUCCGAGCUCCGAGAAGGAAAAUCUAAGAGUAAAACUAAUGGAGCUCCAGGUUCAGCUUCAGGUUCAGCAUCAUCAGUUCGAGUUUGUGAUUUCUGUGGAAGACAGUUCAGUUCUGGAAAAGCCCUAGGAGGUCACAGAAGAUAUCACAUUCAAGCUCAGAAAAAAAUGGAGGCUCAACAGCAACGAGAAAAGGUCAAUCAUUCUUCUGAUCAAUGUCCUUCUUCAAAUAAUUACUAUACCCUAAGAACCAAGCCCAGCAAUAACAAUAUGUCUGAGGAUUUUGCUGGCGGCGACGAUAAUCGCAUCAAAUCGAACAUUGGAAAUCUCAACAAUUCUUCAACAUCUUUCCGUUGUUGUGUUUGCGAGAAGGAUUUUCCAUCGAAGAAAUCAUUGUUCGGCCAUAUGAGAUCUCAUCCUGAGAGAGAAUGGAGAGGUAUGAACCCUCCUUUCACUGAUAACGCUCCAUUAGCUUCUUCUUCUUCUCCAGAAGCACAGUUCAAAGCAUCAGCUCAAGAUCGAUAUCAUGAUAAUGACGUCGGCGAAGCUAAUCUGAACAACAACAAUGGAUCGUCAUCUUCAAGUUUAGAAGAAGGCGGAGCUACUGCAAUAGUUGAUCUUUCUUUGUCUUGUUCUGGAAGCUGGCUCAAGAAAGAUCGAAGAGGAAGAGGAAGCUUUGGAGCUGCACAAGCAGCUCAAACCCUUAUGUAUAUGUAUUCCUUUGGUAAUUACUUUCGUCAUCUUCCUCCUCCAGACCCUCCUGCAACAGUAUUAUUACCAGUGAAGAAAAGGAAGAAGAAUGUGAACGAUGUUAUUAAUUCUUCAUCACCAUUGGCUGGGAAACAUAGCUUGAAUUGCACUGAGAAAUUAGAGGGCAUCAGUGAGAACAAGUUGAAACCUGAGAAUGAUGAUGAUGAUGAAAUCUGGAAGAUGAAGGUGAUGAGUUUAGUGAAAGAGAAGAAAAAGAUUAAGAAGAACAAGAAGAAUAAUUCAUCAGGUGAAGGAGAAUUGCUGAUAAGAACUCUGAAGGAAGAAGUGAAGCCUGCACAAAGCUAUGUAUGCAAAAUCUGUGAUAAAUCCUUCUCAACUUUUCAAGCCUUAGGAGGACAUAGAUCCAAACACAAUAGAGGAAAGAACAUUGUUAUCAGCUUGAAGGGCAAGGAACAAGGAGAAGAGGAAGAGGAAGAAGAACCACACAAGGUUUGUAUCAAUGGAGCUAAUUUGUCAGCUGGUGCAAGAUUGAGUGAAGAAGAAGAAGAAGCAGCGUCGCUGAUAAGUGAAGAGAGGUUAGUGUCAAGUUCGAAUAAUCAGGAGAAUAACAGCAAUAACGAAGAGGAAAUGGAAGAGGCAAGUCAUCAAUCUGGUUCGAAAAUUCUGGAUUUUGAUCUGAAUGUGCCUUAUGUUUCGGAGCACGAAGAAACUGACAAGUCAACAUCAUUUUAUGAGUAA